AUGUCUCCACUUCGAGGUCCUUGUCUGCCAGUUGAAAAACAUGAAAAAAGUCCCAUUGAGCUUCAUAUGGACCAUCGGCCACGUGCGUCUGCUCGGAGUCCUAUGUGGGCCGGCUACCAGCUCUCAAGAUUCAUCGAUGGUUCUGGAAGUCUAAUUCUGCUCUGGUUCUGGUCCGAUUCGGUUUGUAUUUUGGAGAAGAUUUCCGGACUUCGAGCCACCAUCCUGAAAGAGCGUGACGACUGUUCAGGCUCUCCGUGCAUCACUCUUGGUGUUUUGUUUGAUCGGGGAGAACCUGUGCAGUUACACUUCACCCUGACCGGAGACGAUGGCUCGUUCUAUGAAACCAGAAAAAUGAACAGAAGGAGGGAGAUUUUUCACAUCAGACACCCACUUCAAGCGAGCUGUGGUGACUGCAAAAACAUACAACCAAACUCAGUAUAUACCAUUCAAUCACAAUGCCUUCCGAAUCCAUUUAACUUUGACAAGUACGACGUGACGGUGAAAGUAGCUGAACUGGACCAGGGUACACAAUCCAUUUGUGUCACCCUCACUCCACCGUUAGACACAGACAAUAAUGUAAGACUCACUUGCACUGAUGGCUGUGAUCAACCAAACCAAAACAAGGAUCCAAAUAUUGUAUUGAAUUGCAAUGAUUGCUCAAACAUUGUGUGGUACAUAGAGGACAUAAGAGAUGAGGACCACUGGGAUAAAAAUACAAAGGAUUGCUACAAAGAGGCACAGAAAAUUCCUCUAACUGAAAAAGAAGACCAUAAAUCUAGUUAUAAAGUGAAAAAACAAGACAUUUCAAAUGCCAAAACACCGAAUGUUACUGUUGUAGUAAUCUAUACCAGACAAAACGUUCUGUAUUACAAAACCUACAAAAUAAAAACAUCAUAUUCAGGUACACCAGACCGAACCACCAAACCACCACAUGUCGCUUCAAGUGCACCACAUUCUACCACCAAACCACCACAAGUCGACACCACCAAAGAUGAUUCCGACCCUUCAGGUGGUACCACCAAGACACCAUCUAGCAACACUGGUGCCACCACCAGCCACGCUGUUACUUCUGCCACUACGCGUGCUGACACGACAACUUCCAAGUUAACCACCAGGAAAUCUGAAGACCUCACGUGCACAAUAUCACCAAACAGCGGAACAGCUUUAGAUGCUUUUAAGAUAAGCUGCUCUACCAAAUCUCCUUGUUUUCACUGUUGGUAUUGUUUUAGAGCUAAGGGCAAGCGCCUGCUCUGCAGUAAAGACAGUGAAGUAAAAGCUGUAUACCUUCCUCGUGGAGACAGCAGUUCAAACUACAACCUGCUCAUAACAGCUACUGCAAAAAACGUUCACAAUUCUUUUAGCACCACUCUAACUGCACAGGUUAUGGAUUUCACAACAAACUCAGUGGAUGCUCUCAGUACGGCUGUAGCGAACAUUGUGGAUCAGCUAAGAAAAGAAGGUCUUCUCUCUGGAGAAUUGGUUGGAGAAAUCGUCAACAACGUGGCCCAAAAACUGAACGAUCAAUCUGAUGAAUCAAGUAAAGAAGAUAAGCAAAAGCUCAGAGAGCAGAUACUGCGCACUUUGAUUGACACAAUAAAUGAAUUUCCAACCAGCACCCCAACAGAAACCCAAGUUGUAGCCAGCGGACUCUCUUCUCUAAUCAUGCAAGGCGAUGAACUCAGUUUGGAUGCUCAGAUUUCUGCAUCCAAUUUGUUCGCAAACCUCAGCUUAUCUAUCGUGCACAUGAAUGUGAGCUCAGCUGAUGAUAAGGAAGAAAUAGUCAUUGCAGCCAGCACCAUUGUGAAAGGAGUGAGCGACAUCCUGGAGUAUUCUUCCAAUAAAGAAAUCUCUGAUGCUCUUCUUGAUACUCUAACAAAUACACAGAGCGCACUGUUGAACAUAAUGGAUACUAACGAGGGACCAACAAUAAUUAUACAACCCCACAUUAGUUUAUACGUCAAUAGACUGACACCAGAGAGUUUACACUCUGCAUUUACAAGUUUUUCCAACAGUUCUUAUCCCUCAUUUAGUCUGCCACAAUUGCCUUUGAGUCUAUUUCCUUCAGGAGAACCAGUGGGUGUUCGAAUGCUGAGUUUAGAUAAAAACCCAUUUUCCUGGAAUGGGAGAGGCAAUAUCAGUGGACUAAUAGGCGCUCUGUCGCUCACAACACAAGACGGAUCCGGUAUCCCCGUGGAGAACUUAAGUGAAGAUAUCGAGAUUCUGUUGCCAAGACCCAAUGGAGAGCAAGUGAACACCUCUGUUUUGGAUCUGGGGAACUACAGCACAACAGCCAUAGAUAUCCCUUCAGCUGACAGUACCCUACUUUUAAAGAUGGUGCCUUCAGUGGAUCCUUUACCCUUCAAGUUGUUCCUCGGUUAUAAGAGUUACCCCACAGAGACAAAUUAUGUAGCGAUGACAGAAAUGCCUCAAAAGGGAACAACACUUGAGGAGCGAUACACAUGGAUUCUCAAUCCCACAAAUUUAAAAGGAAAUUCUGGAAUCCAUUAUCUUGUGGUGAGGCCUAUUGUGGGUCCAGGAAUAAAAUCUAUCAAUGCCACUUUAUCAAUUACCCCCAUCACAUCUUCGUGCAAAUUUUGGAAUGAAACACGACUGGACUGGAGCGAUUAUGGUUGCAAAGUUGGUGUGAAUUCCACACAAUUGCUCACCCAGUGCUUCUGCAACCACCUCACGUUUUUUGGGAGCUCUUUCUUUGUGACUCCCAAUCUCGUCGACCCGUCACGCACCGCUGAGCUUUUUGCAACCUUUGCUGAGAAUCCUGUCGUAGUGUGCUUUGUCGGCGCGCUCUUCGUGACCUACCUGCUUGUGGUUGUGUGGGCACGCAGAAAAGACAUUCAAGACACGGUCAAGGUAAAGGGGACAGUGCUUGAGGACAAUGACCCUAUCGACAGUUAUCGCUAUAUGUUAUGUGUCUGCACUGGACAUCGUAUAGGAGCCGCCACUUCUUCUCAGGUUAUUGUCACUCUUCUGGGUGAACAAGGAAACAGUAAGCCCCACCACCUGACUGACCCAAAGAAGCCUCUGUUUGAGAGGGGUGCCGUGGAUUUGUUUCUGCUAACUACACCCUACUCUUUGGGGGAGCUGGAGGGAAUCAGACUAUGGCACAACAACUCAGGAAGUCACCCUGCUUGGUUUGUUGGCAAUAUUGUGGUCCAGGAUUUACAAACUGAACAGAAAUGGUAUUUCUUGUGCAAUUCCUGGCUUGCGAUAGACAUGGGUGAUUGCUGCCUCGAUAAACUCUUUCCUGUUUCAACAGAAACGGAGCUGAAGAAAUUCAGUAAUUUGUUCUUCAUGAAGACGGUAAAGGAUUUCAAUGAUGGGCACCUCUGGUACUCUGUGAUUAAUCGACCACCAAGCAGCACCUUUACUUGUGUACAGAGGGUGUCUUGCUGUUUCUCCCUGCUGCUCUGCACCAUGCUGACCAGCAUCAUGUUCUAUGGGAUCCCCACAGACCCCUCUGAUCAGGUCAUGGACUUGGGUCACUUUCAAUUUACCUGGCAGCAGUUUAUGAUUGGAGUCCAGAGUUCCCUCAUUAUGUUUCCAAUAAACAUCCUCAUAGUUAGCAUCUUCAGAAACACUCGUCCUCGGGAGACGCCUUGUUGUCAGAGUAAAACAAAGAAAACAAAAAGCCUUGAACAUGAGAACACUUUACAGACCGUUUCCUUGCAGGCGGCUACAAACUCUAAUGGAAAAACCAGUUUAGACAAUAUUAUAAAGGAUAUCACUAGAAUAGUCCAUUCACUUUCUGAGACAGCAAAACGCAACAUCCCCUUCACAGAGUCUGAGUUUGGAUCUGGAAAAGGAACUGAUAUCAAUGGAGUUCUGUCUGAGGUAGAAGACUUCCUCUAUCAGAAUUACAAAACCAGUGACGACAUCCACUCAAAAUCACAAGUUCAGCUACCAGGGGAGGGAAUUCAAAAGAAAAGCAACAAAAUUCAGCAUCUGUACGGGCAAAUGUGUCACCUUGAAAAGGAGCUGACUCUUCUGGACCCCUCCUGCUUCUCCAAACCAGAGAGCGUCAGUCGGGCUCUGCAGCGAGUCCAGAGCAUGAAGAGCUUCCUUGAAGAUUAUCUCUCAAUAACCAGCCAUGCAAACCAAACUGAACAUGACAAGUCCAGGCCAGCAGAUAAGUCUUUUGGAGACAAUGGUCAGAAAAAGAGAGUGCGCCAACAUGGAGUGCUACCCUGGUGGUUUGUCUUUGUUGGCUGGCUGUUAGUGAUUGCAGCCAGUUUCAUAUCUGGGUAUUUUACAAUGCUUUAUGGGUUGAAGUUUGGAAAAGAACGCUCCAUAAGUUGGUUGGUAUCCAUGAUAGUUUCCUUCUUUCAGAGUCUUCUCUUCAUUCAGCCACUGAAGGUGGUAGGUCUUGCUGUCUUCUUUGCAUUGGUAAUAAAGAAAGUUGAUGAGGAAGACUUUCAAGAUGUGACUUUUGAAAAAGUUGAAAGACGUCCAGGUGAAAACAGCCAAACAACGAACAGAUGGGCUGACUGUUUGUACGAGCCACCUCCACCUGCAGAUAUUGAGAAAAUGAAAAGGAACAAGAUCAUGGAACAGAAGGCGUUUGCGCUCCUCACUGAGAUCCUUAUCUACUUGGGCUUCAUGUGGAUGUUGCUGCUGGUUGCUUAUAGCCAAAGAGAUCCAAAUGCAUUUUACCUGAAUCAACACAUUAGGGAUAGCUUCACUGGAAAUAUCCCAGACACCGUGAGCAUUCAGGAUGUUUUCACAUGGGCCGGCACCUCUCUGUUCCAAAACCUGUUCGGAAAAUAUCCAGUUGCAGCCCAAUUUGCCAGUUUUUAUGAGACGGCUACAGCUGACCUGGUGCUUCAGUAUUUGAUCGCCUUCCUGGUCCUUCUGUCCACCGUCAAACUGUGGCACCUUCUCAGGCUGAACCCCAAAAUGAACCUGAUCACCACUGCUCUGCAUCGAGCCUGGCGUGACAUCGCUAAUUUUCUUGUGAUCAUUGUGAUCAUGUUAGUGGCGUUCUCCAUCGCAAGCAACCUGAUUUACGGUUGGAAGCUUUACUCCUACAAAACCUUCAAAGAUUCUCUCAUGACCAUCAUUAGUUUGCAGAUAGGCAUCUUUAACUAUGACGAGGUCUUGGACAGUGAACCCGUUCUUGGUGGCUUACUCUUUGGUUCCUGUAUUAUCUUCAUGUCGUUCAUGGUUCUCAAUCUCCUCAUUUCUGUGAUUCUCAAAGCACUAAACGAGGAGAAAAUUCACCACAAGCCUUCAGAAGAGGAUGAGAUUGUCGACCUCCUGCUGAACAAAAUCUGCAACUUAUUUGGCGUCAACAAUAAAAGCAAAAAGGACUCCACGGGGCUGGAUGUGAGUGGCAGCAGUGGCUUGGCUCUCAAUAACAGCAGAGAUUUACUCAUCGCCUCCUCAGCUGAUGUCAACAUUUAUCACAAAUCUGAAAAGUGA